AUGGUUUCAGACAAUGGUACUCAAUUUGUGAGUCACCAAUUUCAACAGUUUUUAGCGGAAAACGGCAUUAGUCAUAUACGAAGCAGUCCGUACUAUCCCAUGUCAAAUGGACAAGCCGAAAGGUUUGUGGAUACUUUAAAACGAGCACUCAAAAAGUUAAAUGGGAAGGGGGUAACUGCUGAAAAUCUUCAAACAUUUCUACAAGUUUACCGAUCAACUCCGAAUAAGCAAAAUGAGGACAGUAAAUCGCCAGCUGAAGUUUUACUAAAAAGAAAUAUCCGUAUUAAACUUGAUUUGAUUAAACCAACGCCAAAUGCCAAGUUUAAAAAGAAGUGCGAUACACAACUCAAAAUGAAAGCGCAAUUUGACAAAAGGCACGGUGCAAAGCCAAAGUUUUACGAAAAACAAGAGUUCGUUUAUGUCAAUAUAUUUAAAAACAAACACUUUGAAUGGACAAAAGGAAAAAUAAUCGAACGCAUAGGUAACGUCAUUUAUAAUGUUCGCUUACAAAAUGGCAAACUUAUUCGUGCACAUGCCAACCAAAUUCGUGACCGUAAAGAUCAAGGAAAUGAGUUAUCUUUAGAAAUAUGUGCUUCCGAAGAUAUCGCCAACGAAAAGUGUUUAGUUGAUGCAUUUGGCCUCUACGAAACAACACCUAAAGAUGUGGUCGAAAUAACUAACAACAACAUGGUUUCGACUCCAGAUCAAUCUUUCAACGAAGUAACCGAGAUUGCAAUCCCUCAAACUGAGAAGCACAAUGAGGCAGUUGUUCCGUAUACCCGACCAAGGCGUACUAGACAUCCUAUUGACCGUUAUAGACCCUAG